AUGACAACCAUAUUGGCUGGGACGUUGGGUUACAUGGCUCCUGAAUAUGUGAUGACGGGAAAAGCAUGUAAAGAAUCCGAUGUAUUUAGCUUUGGAGUUGUUGCAUUUGAAAUAGCCUGUGGGCGAAAACCCAUCGGGUACAGGGCUGAUGAGGAAAGGCAAACAACUUUACGGGCCGGGGGAUAUACAACAGAUUGCUUUUCUACCAAAUUCUCAUUCGUGAUCGAGGCGAGUAUAACUGAAUAUUAUUAUGCUGAUGGCCUCACAUUCUUCCUUGCUGAGAAUAAUUCAGUGGCAACAAUCGGUGGAGCGUUGGGUCUUCCAAUUGAUAACUCAUCCUAUACAAAGUUGAAACCUUUUGUCGCUGUGGAGUUUGAUACUUACUGGAACAGUUGGUGGGAUCCAGCAGAGCUUUCCCCAAAUGAUCGUCAUGUAGGCAUCAACGUUAACUCCCUUAAUUCUUCCGUGUUCAAGAAAUGGACGAUCAAUAUAACAGAAGGAGCACACUGUCAAGCUAGCGUGACCUAUGAUUCUCUGUCAAAAAACCUUGGUGUUUCUGUUACUGACAUUGUAUAUGGUGUAAUUGACCUUAAUUACAUCAUUGAUCUAAGGGAUGUAUUGCCCGAGUGGGUUAUUUUUGGGUUUUCAGCAGCAUCCGGAAUUCAGUUUGAGAAGGUUGCAGUAUCAUCAUGGAGUUUUAGUAGUUCAAAUCUACAGGUUGAUGAAAAAAAGACACAACCACCAGCCACUAGACUGAAAAACAAUACUCAAAAUAGCCUGCUACCACCUACCACAAACCAUAUGCCUGUAGAUGAAAAUAAAAUGGCAGGUCAUAAGGUGGGAUUAAUAGCUGGAUUAGUGGUUGUACUUUCUUUUUCGGCUAUUGUUAUUUUAUAUUACUUAUGGAGGAGGAACAAAUACAGAAGACAUGAAGUGGGAUAUGAUGCGGAGAUGAACAAAGAUUUCGAACAGGGGACUGGACCAAAAAGAUUCUCUUACAAGGAAAUUCUUAAGGCAACUGCUGGUUUUGGAGAGACGAACAAGCUUGGGGAGGGAGGUUUUGGAGGGGUUUAUAAAGGCUUUUUGAAAGAUCUAAAUACCUAUGUUGCGGUCAAAAGGGUGUCCAAGAUUUCUGAACAGGGGAUCAAGGAGUAUACUACGGAAGUUAAAAUAAUUAGCCGAUUGAGGCACAAAAAUCUGGUUGAAGUUAAAGGCUGGUGCCAUGAGAAAAGCGAACUCCUGCUUGUUUAUGAGUUUAUGGAAAAUGGGAGCUUAGAUUUACAUUUGUUUAAGCAGAAAAGCAUGUUGACAUGGGACAAGAGGAAAAGAAUUGCACAUGGUCUGGCCUCUGCUUUGUCAUAUCUUCGUGAAGAAUGCAAGGAAUGUAUUUUGCAUAGGGAUAUCAAAUCGAGCAAUGUUAUGUUGGACUCAAAUUUCGAUGCAAAACUUGGUGAUUUUGGGUUAGCUAAGUUGGUUGACCAUGAGAAAAGGUCCCAAACAACCAUAGUUGCUGGGACAUUAGGUUACAUGGCUCCUGAAUAUGUGAUUACGGGCAAAGCAAGCAAAGAAUCCGAUGUAUAUAGCUUUGGAGUUGUUGCACUUGAAAUAGCUUGUGGGCGAAAACCCGUCAGGUUCACGGCAGAUGAGGAAAGACAAACAAGUUUAUUAGAAUGGGUUUGGCAUCUGUAUGGGACUCGAACUCUUCUAGAAGCAAUUGAUCCGUCUGUUGGCUCAAACUACACAAAAGAAAUUGAGCGUUUGGUGAUCGUUGGGUUAUGGUGUGCACACUCUUGCACAGACCGACGCCCUUCAAUGAGGCAAGUGAACUCUGAAGUUUCCCUUCCGAUACUCCCAUCAAAGAUGCCAAAAACAACAUUUAAUGCCCCUCCAAUUCCUUCAUUACUUGGUGAUUCUUCGACUACUUCUCCAUCUGUUUUGCUAUUCAAUUAA